AGAGCGUGCAGUCGGCGCGUUGUACCCAUCUUAGAAUCCACGAUUCUCUUUCUUUCAUUCAUUACGCCAUGUUCUGGUCUCGAAAUAAAGAUACUGAAAAUGUCGAUACGACGAAAUCGGGCAUCAGGGAGUGGUUCAAUGACACACCACAAGAAUACCAGCUCGCAUUCGUUUCUUUCGUCUCCGGAUGUGUCGCAGCUUCAGCAACAAUAGCAUUUCAUCGAAGAUACCUACGUCGAUUGCCCAACAGCGAGUGGAUAACCCCGGAUAUGAUUGCGAAGAAGCGUUGGAUAAAGGGGAAGGUCACUAGUGUAGGUGACAAUGACAAUUUCCGCGUGUAUCAUACGCCUUGGUUAGGUUGGAACUGGCCACUGAAAUUUCGAAGAAUUCCCUCCACGAGUAAAGAAUUGAAGGACCAGACUAUUCAUAUUCGUCUUGCAGGUAUAGACGCUCCUGAGGGGAGUCACUUUGGCCGGCCGGGGCAGAAGUAUGCCGAUGAGAGUCUAGCUUGGUUAAAGAGUCAAGUAGAAGGCAAGACCGUAUAUUGUCAACUUGUACGGAAGGACCAAUAUUCACGAAUUGUCGCAGUACCUCAUUUGAAACCACGCUUUCUGCCAAGCUGGAUGGCAAGAGGCAAAUGUAUCUCUCUGGAAAUGCUUCGGGCCGGUUGGGCGGUCACUUACGAACAAUCUGGUGCUGAGUAUGGCAAAUGGGGCAAGGAGGAAUUCCUCCGGCUUCAGGCGGAAGCUCAGGCAGCGAAACGAGGCAUGUGGAAGUACGGUGCGCUUGAAGAGCUACCUUCAGAGUACAAACGUCGGUAUGCUGCUUCCGCUGAGCGUGCUGAAAGCGGUAUCGCGAAGGAAGAUAAGGCCGUCAAGGGGAGUUGGUGGAGAAGGCUGCUUGGGCGAUAAUAGUCCUUCGUCUUGUAUCAUCAAUUCGGCGGUGUUACCUCAAGGCUUGGUGCAUCUCGUUCAUGCUCGAAUUGCCGAGGUGUCGAUAAGGAACUUCGUCUCUCGUACGUUAUGUAUCGCGAUGCACAGACGUUGUGUUACUUUUGUUACAUCUACAUGAUACUCGACUUGUGUCCGGGAUUAGCUUUUGCGAUCUUGGUAGCUCAACUACCAUAAUACUUACGUUUUUACUGCUGGUC